AUGGCAAUGAAGCCUGAGAUGCUCUCCUUGGUACCCGGUCCCAGGCCACCACCCAUCCAACUGCCCACAGAGCGUAGGGAUGAGUCGGAGAAGUCCUCACCGGAACAUAGUCAGGAACCACGUGGUGGGGAGAGACACUGGCGAUUGCUUGAUGUAAACCUCAUCAUCAUCGGCAGCGGCCCACAGGCAGAGCGCCUGCUGCAACGACGGUUGCGUGCUGGCGGCCGGGCGUGCCUCCUUUGGACACGAGUUCCACCAGAGUCGUCCCCAAGCGUGACGGUCUCACACGACCAGGUGCCCUUCAAGCAAGAGACCUUCACAUGGCUGCCGCCGCCCAGAACGCGCGAGGGCAGCUGCCCGGAAAUUCUCCGCUUGCAACGCCGCUUCGGCAGCGCAGAUUAUGGGUUCAUGCGCGCUGGCCCCGAGGUAGUGGCCCUCUCUGAGGGGGAGCACUAUGAGCUCGUGCUGGAGGGGCGGAGCUGUGUGGGCGUGCGGGUUCUGCGCGCGGGCGCGGUGUCUUGGCAGUUGUCGGGGGCCGUUCUGCCUGUCGGGCCCUGGGACGGCCAAUGCCCACAAUCCCAACCAUCAAGCAGAGAAGCCUGGGAGUUGACGAUCGAUGUGGGCGUACAGCAGGAGGAGGCAAAGCCGCAGAUGUACAUCGACGGGGGUGGCCCCCUUGUCACGGCUGUCUCAGCUGCGUACUUUGUGCUGGUUCAUGUGUGUACAUACAUCUUUCUCAACAUGCACGAGUCUCACGUAUUGCCGGAGGAUGUCGAUUGGUGGUGGCAACUUCCCCGCACCAUGACAGUGACUGGACAGCUGUGGUCGCAGCAGUUGGCUGAUGGCCUUCUCGGCUACCCGAUUCGGCGAAGCGUUGCCGUCAUCAUGAUACUCGCAGGUGCACUCGUGUGGUCUUUUUUCGAGUUCGCCUUCCUGUUGCAAAGGAGCGGAUGGCGCCUACAGUACUUUGUCAUGACAUGCAUCGGCUUCGAGAUGUCGUCGGUCACGCAGUUGCUGCUGUGCUUGUGUGUGAAGCGCUGUGGCCGCAUAUCUCCAUGGCUCAUGAACAGGGCACAGGACACCAAGAGGCAGGCAUUGUGGACGGCCUUCUUGUGGUUGAUGAACAUGCUCCUGCUCUUCGCACAGUGGAUCAUCAUCAUGGUCUACGUUUUUCUGGAUAGUGUGAGCACGAUCUUGGCAGCCUUCUUCUUGAGCUUGAGUACCUCAGCCUCGGAGUUGUUGGCUGUUGCUCUGAUGGAGAAUGUCUACACGAAGCUUGUCUGGCCGCGUGCUGGCAAUGAGCCGCGCAUCGUGCAGGGCGACCACCAUGCUCCCCUGACUUUCUUGAUUGGAUGGGCCCAUGCUAUCGCCGAAGGCUCACGUUUGGUCAGCAUCCUUUGCGGGGCGAUCCGCAGCCCGAGCUGGCGUUGGCAAUGGCUGGGAAGCUUGCUGAUCAUGAUGCUCAAUAACCUGGUGUUUCGGCACGGCUACCACGUCAGUGUCGUUGCUUGGGCCUUCCCACGUGGCGUUCGCUGGCUCCGCCCCGGCUGCUGCAGCAUGAUCCACCGGCAUGCCCGUGUGGCUUGCGGCUACUAUCGCUUCCUUCCUGCUUGGUCCUAUGUCCUGUGGCGAGUUCUAUGGCUCAAGUCCGAGCCCCUGUUCAACACGCACUCGCUGGUGUUGCUGGUCGUGCUCUUUCUCGGCGAGCUCACCGAGGAUGCUAUCGUGCUUUGUCGCCUGUUGCCGUUGGAUCCAUGGCGUGUCCGAAUCCAGCACCUGUAUGAGCCACUGCAUCCUUUCCACCCGAAGCAAGCCAUGUGCAAAGACCACCGAGGGGUGGACGCGCAGUUGCCACCCCUCCGGUUGCAUGGGACACGUCCGAUGACCCGUUUCCUGUAUACUACGCUGAUGCACAUCACCUCUUGCAUCAUCUUGGUCCUAAUGUGGCUGCCCCUAGGCGCGGGCUUUACUCUGGCUGUCUGCCCAGCACCCAUCCCUCCCUCACUCAGACUGGCCGAUGCUGUGGUGUGGUCGCAGCCCUGGACAUGCAGUUGA